AUGGUAUUCUUUGCAGGUGAGAAGUCGGAGAGCUACUCGGAAAAAGAGCAAGAGGACGACGCCGAGGUUUGUGAGAUCUCGUUUCACGGACAGUUAGCGAUGAACUAUUUGCUCUGUGACUCGUCCAUCUUGAAUUCCAUGGAAACGAGCGUUCUCCGGAGAAGCGUGAAAUCUCAUCAACAAUUUCGAUGCGACGGUUGCGACAGAGCGUACACGCGAAUGGACAGCCUUAAACGGCACCAAGCCAAGUGCGAUGCGUCGUUGGAGAAGCUGCAAGAGGAAGUCGAAUGGCUACAUCGACAAAAGUUUUAUUGCAAUCAAUGCGGCAAAGGUUACAAAAGACUGGACACGUUGAGGAGGCAUCAGAGACUCGUUUGCGGCGACAAAGACAACGCGUCUACAGCUACCGAUAAACCAACCGUUUAA